AUGUUGUCGAGGAAGCAAUUCACGCUGUAUACGCACAAGACAGGGGUCAAUGGAUGGAAGGUUGCUUUGCUACUCGAAGAGCUUGGUCUCUACGGAAAGACUGAGCUCAAAUAUCUCGAAGUCGAUGAUAACAAGAAUGAAGUCAAAGCGUCCCCUCAUAUCGACUUGAACCCGAACGGACGUAUUCCUACUUUGGUUGAUCACUCGAACAAUGAUUUUGUGAUCUGGGAAUCCUGCGCGAUCCUCCUCUAUCUUGUAGAGAAGUAUGAUAAAGGGGGUGGAUUCACCGUGUCCGACCACAACGAGAAGUAUAAGCAGCUGCAAUGGUUAUUCUUCCAGGCAUCUGGUCAGGGGCCUUAUUUUGGACAGAUCUCGCAUUUCCUUUUCGCCCACCCUGUUAUAGUGCCCACAGCCGUGCAGCGUUACCAGGAUGAGAUCAAACGGGUCAUUGGCGUUUUGGAGUGCGUCAUGAGCGAGCAGGAGUGGCUUGUAGCAGGAAAGUUUACCAUCGUCGACAUUGCAUUAUUUCCGUGGCACGACGCGGCAAUACAAUACUACCUCCCGCCAGGGACUUACGACCUCGCGAAAGAGGCGCCGCAUGUGAACGCUUGGUACAAGAUGAUGCUAGAACGUCCCUCCGUCAAGAAAGUGUGGGGACAGCGCGAUGGAUUUCUGCAGGAAUCUCCGUUUAAGGAGGGACUUGCAGCCGCUCACCAGAGGGUAGCAGAAGCUGCGAAUCAGAAGUAG